GAACCGGUUUCAACCGGUUAUGAGUUCGUUCGCUGCUUGUGAGAGAAGAGACAGACACUCACUCACUCACUCACUCACUCAGAGAGAGAUAGAGAGAGAUACAGAUACAGGCACAGGCUCACUCUUUUUAUUUAAGAGGUAUCCUUUCACAUACUUAGAGAACUACAAAAGAGCGGGAAACUGUUUAUUAAGCGUAACUUACGUAAAAUGAGUCUGAGAGAAAACCGCGAGCGUUAGCUAACGCUAGCUAACGUAACAGCUAGCUAGCGCAGAGUCCACACAUCGCAGCUCACCAGCCUUAGCCUCGCUAGCUUGCAUUUACGUUAGCUACGCUGGCUAGCUUCCGUGAAUACCGUUAACCGCUUAGCUUGUUUUUAGCCUAGCUUUUCAUUUCUGGCCAGUAAAAAAAGCUUAAGCCAGCCCACUACCGACACUGUUGGAGCUAGUUAACCUAGCUAGCUAGGUUAAGUUUCAGCAACGCUGGCAAAAAAGCAGACCUUUCUUUCAAAGGCUUGGACAUCUCGAAGGCCUCACCAGUCCUCCCUGUCCCCACAGAGCUCUAUGCCAGCAGUUAUGACAAUGUUAGCCGACCACGCAGCCAGACAGCUGCUGGACUUCAACCAGAAAUUGGACAUUAACCUCCUGGAUAAUGUGGUUAACUGCUUGUACCAUGGAGUUGGGCCGCAGCAAAGAAUGGCCCAGGAGGUCCUUACCCAUUUAAAGGAGCACCCGGAUGCAUGGACUCGAGUGGACACCAUACUGGAGUUCUCCCAGAAUAUGAACACCAAAUACUAUGCUCUGCAGAUUCUGGAAACAGUUAUUAAAACAAGAUGGAAGAUACUUCCAAGAAACCAGUGUGAAGGAAUUAAAAAGUAUGUUGUUGGUCUCAUUAUCAAGACAUCAUCUGAUGCAGCUAAUGUGGAGAAGGAAAAGGUGUACAUUGGAAAACUCAACAUGAUUUUAGUUCAGAUCUUAAAGCAGGAAUGGCCAAAGCAUUGGCCCACUUUCAUCAGCGAUAUUGUUGGAGCAAGCCGCACCAGUGAGAGUCUCUGUCAAAACAACAUGAUCAUCCUGAAGCUGCUCAGUGAGGAAGUGUUCGACUUCUCCAGUGGACAGAUGACUCAGGUGAAAGCUAAGCACCUGAAAGACAGCAUGUGUAAUGAGUUCUCACAGAUCUUUCAGCUCUGCCAGUUUGUAAUGGAAAACUCCCAGAAUGCUCCUUUGGUGCAUGCCACUUUGGAAACAUUGCUGCGGUUUCUGAACUGGAUCCCCCUUGGCUACAUCUUUGAGACCAAACUCAUCAGCACUCUUGUGUACAAGUUCCUGAACGUUCCCAUGUUCCGAAACGUGACGCUAAAGUGUCUGACGGAGAUUGCGGGUGUGAGUGUGAGCCAGUAUGAGGAGCAGUUUGUUACACUAUUCACACUUACUAUGAUGCAGCUUAAACAGAUGCUGCCUCUGAACACCAACAUCCGCCUGGCAUACGCCAACGGGAAAGAUGACGAGCAGAACUUCAUUCAAAACCUCAGCUUAUUUCUGUGCACCUUCCUAAAAGAACAUGGCCAGCUUAUUGAGAAAAGACUCAACCUGCGAGAGACCCUCAUGGAGGCACUCCACUACAUGCUCCUAGUGUCAGAGGUGGAGGAGACUGAGAUCUUUAAAAUUUGUCUGGAAUAUUGGAACCAUCUGGCAGCUGAGCUGUACAGAGAGAGUCCCUUUAGCACCUCCACUUCACCCCUGCUCUCUGGCAGCCAGCACUUUGACGUGCCCCCACGCAGGCAGCUCUACCUACCUGUAUUGUCAAAGGUGCGUCUGCUCAUGGUAAGCCGCAUGGCUAAACCAGAAGAGGUACUGGUAGUUGAAAAUGAUCAGGGGGAGGUCGUCCGUGAAUUUAUGAAAGACACAGACUCCAUCAAUCUCUACAAGAACAUGAGAGAGACUCUAGUAUACCUAACCCAUCUGGACUAUGCUGAUACUGAGCGCAUCAUGACGGAAAAGCUUCAUAACCAGGUAAAUGGGACUGAGUGGUCCUGGAAGAACCUAAACACACUGUGCUGGGCUAUUGGGUCCAUCAGUGGAGCCAUGCAUGAAGAGGAUGAAAAGAGGUUCCUUGUCACAGUCAUUAAGGAUCUGCUAGGAUUGUGUGAGCAGAAGCGUGGAAAGGACAACAAGGCCAUCAUUGCCUCUAACAUCAUGUAUAUUGUGGGUCAGUACCCACGAUUCCUUCGUGCACACUGGAAAUUCCUUAAGACUGUUGUCAACAAAUUAUUUGAGUUUAUGCAUGAGACCCAUGAUGGAGUGCAGGACAUGGCAUGUGACACAUUUAUUAAGAUUGCUCAGAAGUGCAGGAGACAUUUUGUGCAGGUGCAGGUUGGAGAGGUCAUGCCUUUUAUUGAUGAGAUCCUCAACAAUAUCAACACAAUCAUCUGUGAUUUGCAGCCACAGCAGGUGCAUACGUUCUAUGAGGCUGUUGGUUACAUGAUAGGUGCUCAGACAGACCAGGCUGUGCAGGAGCAUCUGAUAGAAAAGUACAUGUUGCUACCAAACCAGGUGUGGGACAGCAUUAUUCAGCAGGCCACCAAGAACGUGGACAUUCUGAAGGACCCAGAAACAGUAAAGCAGCUAGGCAGCAUUCUGAAGACCAAUGUGAGGGCAUGUAAGGCCGUGGGUCACCCCUUUGUCAUUCAGCUAGGACGUAUUUACCUGGACAUGCUCAAUGUGUACAAAUGCCUCAGCGAGAACAUCUCUGCAGCCAUACAAACCAAUGGUGAGAUGGUGACAAAACAGCCUCUGAUCAGAAGCAUGCGCACUGUGAAGAGAGAGACUCUCAAACUCAUCUCAGGCUGGGUCAGCCGUUCCAAUGACCCACAGAUGGUGGGAGAGAACUUUGUUCCGCCACUGCUGGAUGCCGUCCUAAUAGAUUACCAGCGGAAUGUUCCGGCAGCCAGAGAGCCGGAAGUGCUGAGCACUAUGGCCACCAUCGUAAACAAACUGGGCGGUCAUAUCACAACAGAGAUCCCGCAGAUAUUUGAUGCAGUGUUUGAGUGCACGUUGAACAUGAUCAACAAAGAUUUUGAGGAGUAUCCAGAGCACCGGACACACUUCUUUUACUUACUGCAGGCAGUGAAUUCCCAUUGCUUUCCUGCGUUCUUGGCGAUCCCCCCAGCACAGUUCAAACUGGUGCUGGACUCGAUCAUCUGGGCCUUCAAGCACACCAUGAGAAAUGUGGCUGACACUGGUCUGCAGAUUCUUUACACGUUGCUGCAGAAUGUGGCUCAGGAGGACGCUGCAGCUCAGAGUUUUUACCAAACAUACUUUUGUGACAUACUGCAACACAUCUUUUCUGUAGUUACAGACACAUCUCACACAGCUGGUCUGACGAUGCACGCAUCCAUCCUGGCAUACAUGUUUAAUUUGGUGGAGGAGGGUAAGAUUAGUAUGACCCUCAACCCUGGAAACCCAGUCAGCAAUCAGGCCUUUAUUCAGGAGUAUGUGGCCAACCUGCUUAAAACUGCUUUUCCUCACCUACAGGAUGCGCAAGUGAAAGUGUUUGUGACCGGCCUGUUCAGUUUGAAUCAGGAUAUCCCUGCAUUUAAGGAACACCUGAGAGACUUCCUAGUACAAAUCAAGGAGUUCGCAGGUGAGGACACCACAGAUUUAUUUCUGGAGGAACGGGAGGCAUCUCUUCGCCAGGCUCAGGAGGAGAAGCACAAACUGCAGAUGUCUGUUCCUGGAAUUCUGAACCCUCAUGAGAUCCCAGAGGAGAUGUGUGACUGAGCACACAUCACACUUGUAAACACACACAGUGCUGGCACCUUAACAAAACUGGACACAGUGCUAAUGGCAACAGUGUGUCUAGGCCGUGUGUGUGUGUGUGUGUGUGUGUGUGUGUGUGUGUGUGUGUGUGUGUGUGUGUGUGAGAUUGAUUACCUCUCUGGAGGCAAUAUCUGCACUUGGCUGUCUCUUGACCAAAACCAAUGCCAAUCUGUAAAUGAUCCCCUCACCCGUUGGCCCUUUUUACAUGAUCUCCGUUUUAUAUGGACACAAUAUUUUUGUGUAAUCUCUUUUUCAUCGUUAACUCAAGCUUAUGUUUGGUCAGUUAACUUGCAGUGUGUGGAGUUUAUUUCUGAACUACACGUUUUAACUCCUGUCUGUUGCACCUUCGUUCUUUCUUCAUGCUCCUCUAAUUUCUCAUCAUGUAUUUGUUUUGUAUAUUGUAUAUUAAAUUGAGUGCAGUUUUUUCCUCUUGCAGUAAGGCACGCAUUAACUCUGUGAUAAGGAAUCUUUGCCUCCAUAAGUAGUCUGCUACAGUUUCUUUGUCAUUGAGUACUACAGGGCUGCAUUCCACACACUUAUGGUAAUAGAUAUAAAUUAUAUACGAAUCUUAACGGUGUGAGUUUGGCAGGCUGUUGUACACAAUAUUAAAGCACUGAACGGUUUUAUAUUAACAGGAAAUGAUGAAUCAUUGCUGUGUAAGCAUGCGUCAAUUCUGUCAUUGUCUGCCAUUAUUUCAUAGUAUUAGUAGCUCCUUAUUCCUCAUUUAACUUUGACAGUCUCUUGUGGGAGUUUAAAAUAUACUCAACAAAUGUCCUGUUGAGUUUACACUAAAUGCACAAUUUAUUUGAGACAAAAUUAUGCAAAUAUUAGAAAAAUAAUACAUGCUUCUCUACAAGCUUCUCUAGUCUGUGUAAAAAAAACUGCUGCCAACAGAACAGGUCAGUAGUAGUAGUAGCAGUAGUAGUAGUAGUAGUAGUAGUAGUAGUCAAGUCAGUUAAUCUAAACGGCUCUUCAGAUGCUUUUACUUUUAAUGUGGUUUAAGGGGUUAAAAGAUUAAUACAAAUCAGGUCUAAAAUCAGUUUGGAUUUCCUGCUUAGACAUAGGCCAAGAUUCCUUAUCACUUUGUAUGUGUAAACGGGGUGUACGAGUGUAAUGUGUGAAAAGGAACAAGAUGUGCUAGUUCUGCUCUCUGCAGGCUGCAGAAGAAUGUUUCUCCUACUAGAAAGGAAGGGGAUUCAGGAAGGAGUAAAUAAAGCUUUGAUGGAUGGAUAGAUGGAUGGAUGAGUGAAGUUCUGAUAGAUUCUGUUCGGUUUGGUCUCGUCAACAUCCCAGUUGUGCCAGGCUCGAAAGCAAUGCUUUGUGCAACGCAGUGGCUUUAUUAUGGACAAAUAGUCACUAUCAAAUAGCAUCUUUAUUACCUGGGGAACACGUGGAUGUUUCUUCUUUGUGUUAUUGUGUGUGUGUGUGUGUGUGUGUGUGUGUGUGUGUGUGUGUGUGUGUGUGUGUUGUCGCUUAACCGACAUCAGUUUUUUUUUUGGUUUCCUCAAUGAGGACAGUGGCUCCUUUUGUGAGCUUUCAUUAAGUCGAAGUUUAAAAAAAGUGGUCAAAAUAUUUAUGGGUUUAUUGUAGGCUGCGUCUUUAUAACUGUAUCUGAGCGAGUUAACAUGAGAGCAGGUAUAGAGAUUUUUGUUUGUUUUUGUUUUGUUUAUGUACUAAUUUACUUUGUUUACCAUUGCUGUAGUGCUACAAGACACUACUUUAGAGCAAAUAAAAAAAACGGUUUACAUUUAAAUUUUUUAUUUUAUUUUUUAUUUUUAAUUUAACCUGAAUAUAAUGGAAUCUAGAUAAAACAGGAAUUCUUACAUUCAGCCGGUGGCGAAAUCCCCUUUCUUUAAGUGUUACGUUUGAUGUGAAACUUUUUUGAGCUGAUUAAAGUCGAAUGAAUUUUAUAACCAUG